GCCAUGAAAGUGACCUAUAUUUACCCUUUCACAACAGCAAUUGGUGAUUCAAAGGGACAGCUUGAGAGGUUGAAGAAGAUCGUUGACCAGUUAGGCUGGAAAUGUGAUAGUAUCGCCUGUAAGGUGCUGGGAAAAAAAGAAGAAAAUGCUUCCACAAGUCUCUCAUGGCGGUGCCUUUCAGAUUGGCCCUUCGGUUCUGUUCUGUAAUGGCGGAGGCUCUGGUUCAAGCCCCAAACAUGGCGGAACAGCUAGAAGGAUGAAAUUCCAUGGGAAAAAACUACUGCCUUUGCUUGUUCUCGUCCUUUCAUGUCUUUCAAUUCUCAGACUUCUUAAAAUAGCAAUGAUUGCUUCACAUUCUUCAUCUCCGGAGUGUUCAUCGGAAUGCAGUAAUUUUCUAUCAAAUGCAACUCCAGUGGUGGAUUCCGAGUCCGGUGGCCGACAUGAACCCACCCCUGCUGCCACCGCUGCCAAUGCAACCCUUCUCACCCCAAAGGAAUUCAUGGUUCUUUCGAAACUUGUUACACGUAAAGCGCCUUGUAAUCUCCUUGUUUUUGGUCUUCAAUCACAGUAUUACAAUCUUUCAUCAAUAAACGCAGGAGGAAUCACUGUUUUUCUCGAGGAUGAUCCUUUGAAGAUAAGUGAAAUCAAAGCUGAUUUUAAUGGAACUCGAAUUUAUAACGUCAAGUAUCAGAUAGCAGCUAAAAAAGCAUACAAUUUGCUCAAACAUGCAAGGAAAAAUCCUGCUUGUUCUCCCACCAUAAAUCUGUUGAAUCAAUCGAGUUGCAAAUUGGCAUUGAGAAACUUACCAGAAGACGUUUAUAAGCUUAAAUGGGAUGUCGUGGUGGUGGACGGGCCGAUCGGGGACACGCCAGAAGCACCAGGGAGGAUGCCGACUAUCUACACUGCCGGCAUGUUGGCAAGAACUGAUGGGAUUGGGAAGAAGACAACGACUGACGUUGUAGUUCACGAUGUUCAUCGGACGAUUGAAAAAUGGUUUUCUUGGGAAUUCUUCUGCGAACAAAACUUGGUCUCUGCUAGAGGGAAACUCUGGGUUUUUAGAAUACCUGUCCAUCAAUCGAAUUCUACAAGCUUUUGCUCUUCUGAGACAGUUGUUAAUGGCGGAUCCAUCUAAUGAUAUGUUUUUUAUUGUCUGUUUGAUGUUAGAAACCAGGUUUGAGAUGUCUUCUUUGUUAGAAAACAGGAUCUAAUCUCGGGUUACUGAAAUGUUUUGGUUCAUUCAAACUCAUAUUCAACACUUAAAUUAAAUUCAGGUGGAAUUAAGACCUA